UGUAGGCAUGGGAAGGUGCGCGGAGCAAGAGUGAACGGUAAUGGAAGAUAAGAGUUUUAAAGUGGGGUAACUUCUCAUCCAGCGUAAAUUAAUCAAGAUAAUUUGAGAGAGGAAGUUCCUUUCUGGGACAUUAACCCAGCACGCAAAGGAAGACAGAAUUUUUUUUUUUUUGUUGCAUUUUGGGAUUGACCAAUCCAUUGUCCAUUUCUCUUUUUCACUGAAAGCUUCCUCUCAGGAUGAACGUCACCAACUCCAGCCUGGUUCCCUUGCUUGUUGUUCCUCUGGCGCUGGUCAUCUUCCUCACGGUGACGGGGAACCUGCUGGUCAUCCUGGCUAUUGCUCGCACCUCUCAGCUCCACACAACCACCAAUGUCUUCAUCAUCUCCAUGGCCUUUGCGGAUCUCAUCAUGGGCUGUGUGGUCCAGCCCUUGUGCCUCAGCAUGGUGGUUAGCGGGAAGUGGCUGUUGGGCAAAACGGUUUGCGACCUGUGGACGUCCGUGGACGUGCUUUGCGUCACGGCCAGCAUCGAGACGUUGUGCGCCAUCGCCGUUGAGCGCUAUGUUGCGGUCACAAGACCCCUCGAGCAUCAGGUCCUCCUGGGCAAGCGCAGAGCCGUCUACAUCGUAUGCAUAGUGUGGAUGGUGUCGUCCCUAGUUUCCUUCGUGCCAAUCAUGAGCCAUUAUUCUCAUGCAAAUACCACCGAUGCGCAAGACUGUUACAAUAACAAAGAGUGCUGUGAUUUCCAUACUAACCAGACCUAUGCCAUCUUCUCCUCAGUGGUGUCCUUCUAUGUGCCCCUCGUGAUUAUGGUGUUUGUGUACGGGAAGGUGUUUGCCAUCGCGACCAGACAGCUGAAACUCAUCGAAAAGGACAGACUGCGCUUUCCGAGCACAGGCAUGGAAGAUUUUAGUGAAAGUACAGUUUCUGGAAGCAAAACAGCUGGUGGUUAUAGGAGGAAGUCCACGAGGCAUUAUGUAAAAGAACACAAGGCGCUCAAGACACUGGGGAUUAUUAUGGGCACCUUCAUUUUGUGUUGGCUACCCUUCUUCUUGUUCAAUAUCAUCAAGGUCUUUAAUCCCAGUGUGCUGUCACAUUUCGUGUUGCUCCUGUUGAACUGGCUCGGCUACGCCAAUUCAGGCCUGAACCCAAUCAUCUACUGCCACAGUCCCGAGUACCGUAACGCCUUCCUGAAUCUCCUAGGGUGCAAAAAACUGGCAAUGAGGCUAAAUCAUGACUCCAUGCACAAACAUCUACAGAGCCUCACCUCAUACAUCCAAUGCAACAGUUCUGUAAGGAUGGCUUGCUUGGGUCACGAAGAUCCGACUGCAGAGGGUGGGAACAUGUGCUCUGACACGUGUGCAGUUCUUGAAGUGCAAGAGGUAGAAACACAGCCUCCCAAUGACUGAAAUGUGGCACGGAUCAAUGUAGAAGAGACUUUUAAGGGACAUUGAAGAUUGGAAACAGAUCAUAUAUGCUUUUCAAGGGAAUCAACUGUACUCUAACGUCAUGCUGUUCAAGCGGAGCCCGG